GCUGAAUCGGAGAAAGAGGAAUGAUGGGCGGGCAUGUUGUUGUUUAACAGCAAAACCAGCACACUCACUUUUCAAACCGCAACCAUGACGACGCACCACCUCCUUUUAACGCUGCUGCUGCUUCUCACCACAGCCUGCCACGCGGCUACAAGCUCGCCGACACCGAUGCCGACUCUCUCGGCCUGCCAAGAGUGUGCCAACACUGGUCGGUGCCUCACCGCCGGCUCGGUCGGCGACGCUGGCAAAUACUGCGGCAUCUUCUUUCUCAACACAACAGCAAAGGCGUCGGGGCCGUGUUGCUGCUCCGUCGCGCAGAUUUGCCCACCACCUGGCCAAGACACGGCAUGUGCGUGCGCCAGCGUCAAGUCGGCCGCGCCCUACGUGCCAUCGUACGACUACAGCUGGGUCUACAUCCUUGUGUCGUCGGUGGCGCCAUUCCUCCUCUUUUUCCCUGGCUUAUGGAUUUGGAACGCAGUCGACUCGUGCAUUUCUCGGUGCCGGGAGCGCCGGGAGAAGCAAAAGCGUCAAAAGGCCGCUCGUCAGCGCGAGGCCGACGUACAAGCUGCGCGGGAACGUCGGGAAGCGGCUGCUCGGCAACUCGUGAUCGUCACCAAGGUGCCCGCCACGCACUACGUCGCGUAUGCAACGCCCGUGUAUCCGAAAUAAGAGGUUGACGCCUUGUGUGUAUUCCUUGCAUAGUACCAUUCGCUAUGUACCUCAACCCCAGUACUUCCUAACAGUUUUGCCAUGUUCGGUCUCCCGCUUUGUUCAUGGGUUGACAACGUGGCGUCACUUGGUCAAGAUUCAAUCGCUCUUCAAUUGAAUCUUAUACAAUCGCUGGCACCAGAUGCUGCCACGUAAAGAAAGAAUGAUGGUCUCGUGCAUCCCACACCGGCGCACCAUGCAGCCGCGCACAACGG